AUGUACGACCCUGACGACUGGUUCUCUUCUUGGACCGGCGAAGACUGCUGUGGGUGGAGAGGCGUGGCCUGCGACCACACCACCGGCCAUGUCACCAAGCUCGACCUCCACUACCCCUACACAUACGAUAAGUGGGAUAUCUCAGACAUCAUGGAAACAAUGGGUGGGAGCAAGGUAAAUCCUUCGCUGCAAGAACUGAAGCAUUUGAAGUAUUUGGAUUUGAGCAUGAAUAACUUCUCCCAUGCCCCUGUGCCUAAAAUGAUCGCUUCGCUAGUCCACUUGAAAUAUCUCAACCUAUCAUAUGCCAUGCUCGAUGGACUAAUUCCUCCUCAGUUCGGGAACCUCUCCAACCUACACUACCUCGACCUUCGAGGAUGGUAUGAUGAUCAUCUACACGUUAAUGAUCUCGAUUGGCUCUCCCAUAUUCCUUCUCUAAAAUAUCUUGACAUGAGUUUGGUCGACCUCUCCAAGGCAACCAAUUGGUUGUGCAUAAUCAAUUCGAUCCCCACACUAGAAGUGUUGCAUUUGAAGAAUGCAGACUUGCCAUAUGUUCCAUCUCCUUUGCCCACUUUUAAUCUGACAACCAUCGCUACGUUGGAUCUGUCUCGGAAUUCCAACAUCACGUCUGCUAUGCUAAGAUGGCUUUCUAAUGCCACCAGCCUCGAGUACCUCCUCCUUUCUGGCUGUAAGAGUCUCACUAUCGAGUCGCUACAAGUUGCUCUAGGAGCUCUCAGUAAUCUGAAGGAAUUGGAUUUGUCACAUAAUUUCCUUAAAGGAGAAAUUCUUGGAAUUCUAAACAAUGUCAGUAGCAGGGGCUUGAAGCAGCUAGACUUGAGCAGGAAUUAUUUAUCCGGAGAUAUUCCACAAACUCUAUGGAACCUUAGACACCUGGAGUAUCUUGACUUAUCACGGAAUGCCAAUGUCACGGGACAUAUCCCAGCUGUGCCGGGGAAUCUAAUGAGCUUGCGAUACUUAUACUUGAGGCGCAAUUUGAUCACCGGAGAGAUACCACCGAGCAUAGGCAACCUUACCAACCUGGUAUUCUUAGAUUUAUCAUUUAACAAUAUUGUCGGAAGUAUUCCAGAAACUAUUGGUGCUCUCAUUCAUAUGGAGGUUUUAUAUCUCGAUCAUAACCAAGUUUCUGGAGAAAUACCAGCAACCAUUGGGGUUCUCCAAAAUCUACAUGAGUUACAUUUAGGAGGUAACUCUAUUAUUGGGCAAAUACCUAAUACGAUUGGAAGACUCCAUAGCUUGGAGUACUUGGACAUAUCAAAUAACAAUUUAUCAGGUCAGAUACCGAGAACAAUGGGUGGUCUAUGCAACUUGACCCGCAAUCAUUUAAACGGUACUAUGCCUUCAAGUAUGGGUCGAAUAUCUCAAUUACGAGAUCUAUACCUCUCCUCAAACUCACUGUUAUAUUGGCAUGAGCCUUUGUCAUAUAGGAGCAAAAUUACCUGCUUGGCUUCAAACUCAGACGCAAUUAACAAGCCUUCAUUUAUAUGGAGUUGGACUCUCGGGCAAUAUCCCGAUUUGGUUUUUGAAUUUCUCAAGAGGUCUCUAUAA